AUGUAUUCUUGUGAACUUAUUGACCUUCCACUGCUGUCCUUGGAGUCACGUCUUAAUAUCAUGAGAGAAUUUGCAACAAGUUACAAUGUUUCUGAUAAUGUGUGGGUACCACAAAUUUGGAUACAUCAGUUACUUCUUGAUACAGGUGGUCUUCCACGUGCUUUGGAGUUUCUUUUUACAGAACUUUUCGGGCAAAAUUUUAUAAAUAUUAAGGAAUUUUUUGAAAAUCUCGAAAAAAGGAUCCUAAUCCCAUUAACAAUCUACGCCAAUGUCGCAAACGAUAUUAAUAGGGCAUAUAAAAUUAAAACUUAUGCUAAAGAUCAUAAAAUGCUCGUAUACGAGCUUAUUUACAGAAAUAUUAUGGUAAUCAAAUCAGAUAUUUCUGAUGAACUACAAGAUGGUGACUCCACUGAAAAUUUGGAACAUUUGGAGCAUGAUAGGCACUUGAUAUUAAGGAAAUUGGAAGGAAAAGAUAAAGUUCUAAUUGAUAUACCAUACUUCUUUAUGUAUAUAUUUAUGUUAAUAUCCUUGGAAUUUUCACAGAAAUAUAAACAUAGCAUAUUUACCUAUUCAGAUUGGUCAUGGGAGAAUUGGAAAAUUUUUAUUGCGGAUUUUAUAUCAUCACACAUUACUAUGAUCGAUGUGCUGAACAAGAACAAAUUAUUAAAACUUAAGAAUUUCUUUCGUGGUGCACAGGGUAACGAUAUUACACUGAACCUGUUGAUCAAUUUCGAACCUGUUAAAAUUUAUAAAUCAAAGCAUCAAUUUCCAUGCUUGGAUCUUUCUGCAAAAGGGGGAAAAGCUGCUAAAGAUUCAAAUCCAAAUUUGAGUGCUGCAAGUGAAUUGACGUCAAGGUUUAAAGCAAUUAAGGAAGAUAUAGGAGAGAAAAUUGAAAAAACUAGAAAAAGAAAGACUUUUAGGUCACAUGAAGAGUUCUGUGAAGAAUUUCCGGAAUUGGCUAAUGAUGAGAUCCGAAAUAAUUUUGUUUACUACCCAUACCCUCCACAUAUAGAACCCUUUGAAUAUUCAAACAAGAGAGCACGCGCCCAAACGUUAGCACCUCUUACACCCCCAAAGCGCCAGAAUCUAUAG